AUGAAAUCAAUUUUCUUUCACUUGGAAAACCCGGAUAAAGUUCAAAUUCAAUUAUUUUUAAAUAACGACGUUCCUAAAAUCACUAAAGUAAUAUCAUUUCAAAGAAACUUAUCGGAAAAUCUUGGAAAGUUUUUAAUUAAAUUAAACGGACGAGUGGAAGAUUUAGUCAAAAAGAGUAGUAAAUCGGGAAAGAAAGAUAAAACUAAUGAUGAUAAUAAUAGUAUUAAUGUAAUUGGGAAAUUUUUUUCAAACGAUGAACCAAUCUCAGAUGAAUUGACUUUUCAAAAUAUGUUUGAAGAACAUGAAAAAAACAAAAUUACAUUAAAUAUAUUGGGUGUUGAUUAUAACGCUUUUAUUAAUUGGCCGUAUGUAUCAGUCAUAAAACCACCUAAAGAAAUUAAAGUGGGAUGUCCAACUUCUCCUUCUGAAAUUGUUAUUUUAAGCGGUGAUUUGAAACAUUCAAAUUUUAAAUGGUAUAAAAAAUUACCACACCACAGAGAUUGGAUUUACUGUGAAGACAAUUUUUUUUAUACUCCAAAGGAAGAAGACAUAGGUUAUAAUAUAAAACUUGUCUGCAUUCCUAAAAGUGAAAACAAAAUAGGAUCGGAAUAUCAUGUUGAUUGUCCAAAACUUGUGACACCAUUCAAUGAAACAGAGUUAAUUAAAAAAAGGCAUGAAUUUACCAAAAGUGAAACGAAACCUGAAAAAAUUCGUGUUGUGUGUUAUAACAUUUUAGCAGAUACAUAUACUAAUACAAAAGAAGCCAAAAACUCUAUUUUCGCUUAUUGUAAUUCUGAUGCCCUUGAUUUAGAAAACAGGAAAAGAUUAUUAUUAACAGAAUUAACUGGGUAUAAUUCUGAUAUAAUUUGUUUACAAGAAGUUGAUAAAAAAUUAUAUGACACAGUAUUUUUACCAUUUUGUAAUUUUAAAAAUUUCAAUAGUGUUUAUAAUAAAAAAGAAGGCUUCAGGGAAGGAUGUGCUAUGUUUUAUAAAAAAUCAAAAUUUGAAUUUAUUGAUCAUGUGCAAUAUUUAUAUGCUGUCGAACUUAAAAAUAAUAAGAUUUUUAAAAAUUUGAAAGAAAUAAUUUAUAAUAAUAACAAAUUGGUUACAAGAUUAAAUAGUUUACAAACUUUACUUCAAGUGGUUGUUUUAAAAUCUUUAACAUCUGCAAAUGAUUAUUUAGUUGUUGGUAAUACACAUUUAUAUUUUCAUCCUGAUGCUGAUCACAUUCGUUUAUUGCAAGGAAUCAUGGGUUUUGACCUACUUAAUAAUACAGCAAAUGAAUUAAAAAGAAAAUUGCCUGACAUAAAUGUUUCGAUAAUAUUUUGUGGAGAUUUUAACAGUACUCCAGAUUGUGGAGUUUAUAAAUAUAUAACUGAAGGAUAUAUUGAAGGCUCAGAAAUUGACUGGAAAAGUAAUUUAGAAGAAGCAGUUGAUGGAUAUUCAGCUAAUCAUUCGGUGAAAAUGAUAAGUGCUUGUGGUACACCAGAGUUUACUAAUUACACUAAAGGAUUUAAAGCAUGCUUAGAUUAUAUUUAUUUUCAAAACAACAGAUUAGAAUUGGAGAGUUUUGUUCCUUUUCCAAGUCUGGAUGAUUUAAGUAGGGAAGUAGCUUUACCAAGCACAUUUUUUCCAUCAGACCAUGUAGCAUUGAUUGCUGAUCUUAAAUGGAAAUGCUAA